GUGAUGGCGUCACGGGGCGGGGCCUCCGGCGCGGGAAGAGGCGGCGGGAGAAUGGAGGUGCGGGAGAGCGGUGGUGGCGCCGGCGAGCGCGGGGCCCAGGAGCCUGCCCCCGCCUCCAGCAAGGUCUCGGGCAGCGCCGGCCACUACGAGCUGCCGUGGGUUGAAAAAUAUAGGCCAGUAAAGUUGAAUGAAAUUGUCGGGAAUGAAGACACGGUGAGCAGGCUGGAGGUCUUUGCAAGAGAAGGGAACGUGCCCAAUAUUAUCAUUGCUGGCCCCCCCGGAACCGGCAAGACUACAAGCAUCCUGUGUUUGGCACGCGCCCUGCUGGGCCCAGCAUUCAAGGAUGCUGUUUUGGAGCUCAAUGCCUCCAAUGACAGGGGCAUCGAUGUGGUGCGGAACAAAAUCAAAAUGUUUGCCCAGCAGAAGGUCACGCUUCCCAAAGGGCGGCACAAGAUCAUCAUCCUGGAUGAAGCAGACAGCAUGACUGAUGGAGCCCAGCAAGCCUUGAGGAGAACCAUGGAAAUCUACUCCAAAACGACUCGCUUUGCUCUUGCUUGUAAUGCUUCAGAUAAAAUCAUAGAGCCCAUUCAGUCCCGCUGCGCAGUCCUCCGCUACACGAAGCUGAGCGACACCCAGGUCCUCGCCCGGCUGCUGACAGUGCUGGAGCAGGAGAAGGUGCCCUACACCGACGACGGCCUGGAAGCUGUCAUCUUCACGGCGCAGGGGGACAUGCGGCAGGCGCUGAACAACGUGCAGUCGACUUUCUCGGGGUUCGGCUUUAUUAACAGCGAGAACGUGUUCAAGGUCUGCGACGAGCCCCACCCCUUGCUGGUGAAGGAGAUGAUCCAGCACUGCGUGAACGCCAACAUCGAUGACGCCUACAAGAUUCUCGCUCACCUGUGGCAUCUUGGCUAUUCGCCAGAAGACAUCAUUGGCAACAUUUUUCGAGUGUGUAAAACCUUCCAAAUAGCAGAGUACUUGAAACUGGAGUUUAUCAAGGAAAUCGGAUACACGCAUAUGAAGAUAGCAGAAGGCGUGAACUCCCUCCUGCAGAUGGCAGGGCUCCUGGCCAGGCUAUGUCAGAAGACAAUGGCCCCAGUGGCCAGCUAGCGGGGGAGAACUCGUUGCUCGGGGUGACAGGGGUCCUGAGAGUCCUCGUCCAGGAGAAACAGGAGUCAGCGCCUUCUGAUUUGGAAAAAAGGCCGCCCUCGACCGGCAUGGGGACACACCUUCCCCUGACACGACCGUGGUCUUCACGCCUCUCCCACAUGUGUCUGCAGUCAGCUUCAGCCUCACGGACAUGGUGGCAGGGUGACAGGGCCCCAGAGAACCUCAGGGCUUGGCACCCGAUCUGGGCACAUGUGGCAUCUUAGUUAAUAAAAACGCUAUACGGUUUGGUCGGCGCUAAGGUGGCGUCGCCAGGCCACAAGGAAA